GUUUAACACGUUGCGGUGCUUUCCUUUCUGUUUCUUUCUUUUUUUUUUCAGUUCCGAAGGCACUUUAGGCUAGCUCGACCAGUGGCUGAAAAGUUGAUCGCCGAGUUUGCUGCGUCGUCUAUGUGCCCUUCGAGCACACAUGGAGGGGUUCCAGCAAAAUCUGCGGAAACGCACAUCUUGUCUUUUAUCUGGUACGCGGCCAACAAAACCUGCAUGAGAAACGUGGCAAGCCGGUUCGACUUGUCAGAAAGCUCUGUUCACCGAAUCCUCCAUAGAGUAGCGGACUUCCUCCUGACCCUGGGACCAUCGUUGAUAAAGUUUCCUGCUGACCUGGAGAACCUCACUAGAAGUUUUGAGAAGGUGUCUGGAAUGCCUGAUGUUAUUGGUUGCAUAGAUGGAUCCUACAUCAAGAUACAGUGCCCGGACAAGAAGGUUGCUUCAACAUAUUGUAACAGGCACCACUACCUUUCACUGACACUGCAAGCCGUCUGCGAUGACAAAAGACGCUUCCUUGAUGCAUUCAUUGGAAGCUCAAGCAAAAUGCAUGAUUCCCAUGUGUUCAGCUUGUCGCCACUUUCAAAGAAAAUCUCUGCCGUAUGUCAGGGGUCUUUCCAUCUUUUAGGGGACGCAGCGUAUCCACUGCGGGAAUACCUGUUGACACCCUACAGGGAUUAUGGUGCUUUGGCAAAACAGCAAAAAGGAUUGUUUUCAGCCACAAGAGUGCUCAUCGAAAAUGAGUUUAGCAACCUCAAAAAGCGCUUCAGACAGCUGAUGAAAGAGAGCUACAGAUGCUAA